UACAUAUGGCUGCGCCCGGACCUAUCACCGGCCACGGCAGCGCCGCGUGCAGCCAAUCAGAAGCGCUCAUCGCAAGCCCCGCUCAGCGCGGCGGCGCGGCCAAUCAGAGGAGGGGAAGGAGAGCUUUAUUUGCAUACGGGGCUGUGGGGCGUGGCCGCGUUUAUUUGCAUACAGCGCGGGAAUAUUUGCAUGGAGGGGGCUCAUUUGCAUUGAGCGCGGGUUCAUUUGCAUACAAGGCGCGCCCCGCGGGGGUUCCGGACCGGGGAUUCCCCAAAAACCCCUCCGGGACUCCCCAAAAUCCUCCCAAAAUCCCCCAAAUCCUCCCAGAACCCCUCAAAUCCUCCCAGGAUCCCCCCCCAAACCCUUCAGGAUCCCUCAAAGUCCUCUCAGGACCCCCCAGAUUCUGGGGAUCAUCCCUGAGGUGGAUCCUGAAGGAUCCCCCAAAUCCCUGGGAUCAUCGUGGGGGUGGAUCCCAAGGAAUCCCCCAAAUUCUUUGAAUAAUCCCGGGGGCGGAUCCCCCAAAUCCUUGGGAGGAUUCCAGGGCAUGGAUCCCUUGGGAUCCCCCAAAUCCCGGGGAUCAUCCCGGGGGUGGAUCCCUCAGCUCCUGGGAUGACCUCAGGAUGGGAAUCCCAAGGAACCCCCAACUCCCCAGGGCCGAUCCCAGCUCCAGAUCCCAGAUCCUGUCAGAUCCCAUCAGAUCCCAAGCCCAGCUCCCAGCCCCAGAGCCCACCCAAUCCAGCAAGAUCCCGGCCCCAGGGACCACUGGAUCCCAUAGGAUCCUGGCCCCAGAUCCCAUCAGAUCCCAGUGGUCCCCAGAGGAUCCCAUCAGAUGCCACCAGAUCCCAGUCCCAGCUCCCAUCAGAUUCCCACCAUAUCGCAUCAGAUUUCAGCCCCCAAAUCCCACCAGAUCCCCCCAGAUCUCAUCGGAUCCCAGCAAAUCUUGCCGGAUCCUACUGGAUCCCAUAACAUCCCAACACUGGAUCCCACCAGAUCUCAUCGUAUCCUGGCCCCAGAUCCCAGCGGGUCCCGCCGGAUCCCAAUGGAUCCCAUCGGAUUCCACCAAGUUGCGGCCCCAGAUCCCAUCAUAUUCCCCUCAUGUCCCAUCAGAUCCCACCAGAUCCCAUCAGAUCCUGGCCCCACAUACCAUCAGAUCCCACCAGAUCUCAUCAGAUUCCGACAAGAUCCCACCAGAUCCCAGCCCUCGAUCCCAUCAGACCCCAUCAGAUCCCACCAGAUCCCGGCCCCAAAUCCCACCAGAUCCCAUGAUAUCCCACCAGAUCCCAUCAUCUACUCAGGCCAAAUCCCACCAGAUGCCAUCAGGUUCCCACCGGAUCCCAUGAGAUCCCAGCCCCAGAUCCCACCAGUUCCCGUCAAAUCCCGGCUCCAAAUCCCACCAGAUCCCACCAGAUCCCAUCAGAUCCCGGCCCCAAAUCCCACCAGAUCCCAUGAUAUCCCACCAGAUCCCAUCAUCUACUCAGGCCAAAUCCCACCAGAUGCCAUCAGGUUCCCACCGGAUCCCAUGAGAUCCCAGCCCCAAAUCCCACCAGUUCCCGUUGGAUCCCAGCGGAUCCCGUUGGAUGCUGGGCUCAGAUCCCACCAGAUCCCGGCCCCAAAUCCCACCAGAUCCCAUGAUAUCCCACCAGAUCCCAUCAUCUACUCAGGCCAAAUCCCACCAGAUGCCAUCAGGUUCCCACCGGAUCCCAUGAGAUCCCGGCCCCAGAUCCCACCAGUUCCCGUUGGACCCCAGCGGAUCCCGUUGGAUGCUGGGCUCAGAUCCCACCAGAUCCUGGCCCCAAAUCCCAUCAGAUCCCAACAGACUCCAUGA